GAGUGCGCUCGCGUUCGCCACUUGGGCAGAAGAAGCAUGACGAGUGCCACCCGCCUUCGACUCGUGGGAUCCUGCGGCCUCCCCCUCCACGACAAGUUCAAGGCUCAAAGCGUCACACUCGAGCUACCGCCCGGCCGCGCGCUUGGGCUUGUCCUCGCAGCACCCACGUCAGGCAUCAUUGCGCACGGUCUUGUCAUUCUCGAUGUCAGCAACUCACACUUGGUGGGCCACGUUGCGCCGAGCGACCGCCUCGUUGCGAUCGGUGGCUGCCCUGUGGACGGGCUCGGGUUUGCCGCUGCGUCCGAGCGCCUUGGCUUGCUGCCUCGACCCCUCGCGCUUACAUUUGAAAGCACCAUCAUUGGGCGCGAGCUCGCCCGACUGGCGCCACCACAGUCAAAGAGAGAGCCGCCGUCGUACGCUGUCGUCGUCGACGCGGGGGUGCACUGGACAGCCGGCAGCCACGGCGCUGUCGUGAAUCGCCUCACGGGCCAGGCCAAGGCUGACGGGAUCAUCAGCGUCGGCGACGUACUGUACAAGGUGCACGAGACAAUCGUGCUCCAUCGAUCGUACGAAGCAGUGAUGUCCCUUCUGCGUCGAGCGCCGUCCCCGUGCACAUUGCACUUUGUGCCGCAUGCUCACAUUCAUGCUCUCGAUGCUCUGGCAGCGCUCGCAGCUCCAGCCUUGCCGAGCCUCGAGCCCCGGCUCACUGAGGCCAGCACCAGCAACAGCGAUGAGGCCGCUCGGCGAAAGUCGGACGAUGUUGGUGUUCUCAAGCAAGGACCGCUGCAUCAGCAAAGCGGGCUGUUCAAGCGUUGGACCCCGGUGCACGUCGUAUUGACGCCGACUGCACUUCGCUGUUUUCAGCACCAUACGUCCAACUCGCCUCGCGCCGAGCUCGUGUUUGUGGGACACCGGUGCACGGUGCAGCGUCUGCCCGCGACGGGCACCCUCUACCCCUUUGUCGUCCGCGUCGGUGCCAAGCAGCUACAACUCGCGUGCGCUGAGGACGACGAACGGCGCUCGUGGAUGCGGAUGUUGCAGCAAGCGAUGGUGGACGCGGGCUUCGCGGCGCGGCCAUCGGCCGCUCUCGGCACCGCGAACGACCUUCCAGGCCCACCCUCAGCGUUGCGUGUGACGGUGCUCUCAGCCACCAACUUGCUGCCUGCUGGCCAAACGGUACAUGCCGUCUGUCGCUUGUCGCUUCAGACCCAGACGUUUUCGACCAAAGUUGUUCGCGGCGACCGAUCACCAAUGUGGUACCAAGACAAUGUGACUACGUUUCACGACGUUGAGCCGGACGGCGUGCUUGGGGUGUGUGUCUUUGACGACCGACGAGGGCGCCCGCCGCGUCUUCUGUCAACGCUGCAAGUGCCGCUGUCGACGCUACCGCAGCAGCGCAAGACGGUGUGCGCCUACGAUUUGGUGGGCGCCACGAUCGGCACCAAGCUCACCCUUGCGUAUGAAUAUCUCUCAAGCCCCUAAAUUGUCAGUUUUCUGCAAAUAUUGUUGAAUCUUUGAACGACACCUUGUGGUAUUCUCAA